UGAAACAGUCUGGUUUCACAAUGGCAUCUAAAAAACAUGCAGGAGAUUUUAUGGAGGAAUUUAUUUGCUCAGUUUGCCUAGAACCUUUAAAUUUUCCAGUGACACUGCUGUGUGGUCACAAUUUCUGCAAGUCUUGUAUUGACAGAGUUUGGGGCAGUGGGAAACAACCUUCCUGUCCUGAGUGCAGAGAGGAAUGCACAGACAGGAAAUAUGCAGUGAACAGACAACUAGGAAAUGUGGUUAAAAGGGUGAAAAUAGAAUGUCAGGAUGAAGAAGGACCAAACUCAUGUGAGGAAGACCAGCUCUGUACAGAGCAUAAAAUAAGGCUUGAGCUGUUCUGUAAAGAGGAUGGCAUUUUGGUUUGCUCACUGUGUGUUCCUGAACAUCAUGGCCACACCUUCUUGACAAUGCAGAAAGCACUUGACAUGUACAAGGAUAAACUGACAACACCUCUAUCCCAUCAGCAAUCAAGUCUAAAGCAUCUUAAAGAAAUAAAGUGUCAGCAAGAAAUAAAGAUAUCAGAAAUCACAACCCAUGCCAGAAGUUUACAGUUGCACAUAACAUCAGAAUUUGCUAAGCUUCACCAUUUCCUCCAGGAGAAGGAAGAAAAUCUGGUCCAACAGCUGAAGGAGGAAGAAACAGGAAUUCUGAAAGAGAUGGAAGAAAAUCUGAGAAAAAUUAAAGAAGAUAUUAAUGCCGUUCAGGAAUCAGUCUCUAAUAUUUACUUACAGUUGCAGCAACAGGACGCACUGACUUUUCUAAAGCUAUUUUACCCUGGGCCUCUGCAGUCGGACUUUCCCGGUAAUAAAAUGUCAGAAAUCAAGUCGUUUACACUGAGACUCACAGAAGACCAGAAAAAGAGUGAUGUCCCAAAUGUUGUAGCCGGAGAAAUGAGUCUCGGGGUGUACAAAGGCCCCCUGCAGUAUAGUGUAUGGAAGGAAAUGAACUCUAUCCUUAAUCCUGGUAUCACUAAUCUUGUAUUGGAUAAUAACACAGCACAUCCUAAUCUUAUUCUUUCUGAGGACCUGACCAGCAUAAAACAUGCUAACAAGAGGCAGGAGGUCCCUGACUACCCAGAGAGGUUUAGUUCAUGUUUCUGUGUGCUGGGAUCAGAGGGAUUCAUGUCAGGCAGGCACUACUGGGAGGUAGAGGUGGAGAACAAGACUGACUGGCGCGUGGGUGUUACCAGAGAGUCCAUCAACAGAAAAGGAUACAUCAUCAUGAGCCCUGAGAAUGGAUACUGGUGUUUGUGUUAUGGUAAGAAUGUGUAUGAAGUACGUGAUACCACAACAAAGCAUCUCAGACUCCGGGAGAAGCCCCAGAGGAUUGGAACCUAUCUGGACUGUGAGGGUGGACAGGUGUCAUUUUAUAAUGCUGACAACAUGUCCCAUCUCUACACUUUCACUGGCACCUUCACUGAGAGACUCUAUCCUUUAUUCAACCCUUGUAGAGGAGAUGGGGGUAAAAAUGCAGAACCCCUGAAGCUCUUUCAUUUAAAAUUAUAGUUCCAUCUGAAAACUUUUUAUGUACUUACAUGGAGGAUAAAAUGUUUCUACUGUAUGAAAAGUAUGUUUGUAAACUCAGCAUAGAGAAUGAUACAGUACAAACAGUACAGAAGUAACCAGAUUUACUGUCUUGACAACCUUAAUGUGAAGGGAGAAUAUUAAAGAAUAAUAGAAAAAACACAUGAAGGUAAAGUAUUUUUUGAGAGGACAUUAUGUUAAAUAAAUAGUACUGUUAUUUUAGCCGUAUGAAUUCUGCAAUGUCCUACGUAUUUCUUAAAACAUUCUAAUUGUCUUGAAUUGAAGGUCUGCGCAUUAAUAAUGUUGUUUUGGCAUGUAAUAUAGAACUGGCAAGUUAUGAGUUUUAACAGUGGGAGUGCUACAGAAUUCUGA